AUGACACAAGGCAAUGGCACUGAAGUCACUGACUUCUAUCUUCUGGGAUUUGGAGUCCAGAGAGAUGGCCAAUGUGUCCUCUUCGUUUUGUUUCUUGUUAUCUAUGUGACAUCCAUGGUGGGCAACACUGGGAUGAUCCUCCUCAUCAACACUGAUUCCAGACUUCAGACUCCCAUGUACUUCUUCUUACAAAACCUGGCUUUUGUUGAUAUCUGCUACACAUCUGCCAUCACUCCCAAGAUGCUGCAGAACUUCAUGGUAGAAGAAAAAUCAAUAACUUUUAAGGGAUGUGCAAUACAAUUAUUUAUUUAUGCUAUAUUUGCAACCAGUGACUGUUAUCUCCUCGCUGUUAUGGCAGUGGACAGGUAUGUGGCAAUUUGUAAGCCCCUUCGCUACUCUUUAAUCAUGUCUCGACAAGUUUGUAUUCAGUUGGUAGCUAUUUCUUAUCUCAUGGGAUCAAUAAAUUCCUCAGUACACACUGGAUUUACAUUUUCAAUGUCCUUCUGUAAGUCAAAAAUCAAUCACUUUUUCUGUGACAUUCCCCCAAUUGUCACUCUUUCAUGCUACAACAAUGACACUAAUUUCAUGCUAAUUUUGAUUUUUGUUGGAUUUAACUUGACAUUCACUGUGAUGGUUGUUAUCUUAUCCUACAUAUACAUCAUGGCUGCCAUCCUAAAGAUGUCCUCUACUGCAGGGAGAAAGAAAACCUUCUCCACAUGUGCCUCCCACCUGACAGCAGUCACCAUUUUCUAUGGAACCCUUGCUUAUAUGUACUUACAACCUCAUUCAGACAAUUCUGAGGAGAAUAUGAAAGUGGCCUCUGUGUUUUAUGGCAUUGUGAUUCCUAUGCUGAACCCUCUGAUCUAUAGCUUGAGAAAUAAGGAGGUCAAGGAUGCUAUAAAAGCCACAAGGAAAAAGAUCCUUAAAUUGGAUUUAAAUUAUUAA